UUGAGUGUCUACAGUUACAGUAAAUAAAUUUCUGUUUAGUUGAUGGGGUGAAGUGAUCACUCCAUUCCAGUGAUAUAAGGAUGUCCUUCAAACGACUGAGGAGUUUCUCGUGGCUGUGCGGAGGCGCCAGGGAGAGCCGCUGCGACGAGAUGGUGCUGCCCUGCGAGCCGGUGGUGCUCAAUGUCUAUGACCUCUUCCACAUCAACGCCUACACCAUGACCCUGGGUCUGGGCUUCUUCCACUCGGGCGUCCAGAUCUACGGCAGGGAGUACGCAUUCGGCGGCCACGAGUUCCCGAUGACCGGCAUCUUCGAGAUCGAGCCCCGCAACGGCCAGGCGGAGCUGGGCGAGCAGUUCCGCUUCCGCGAGAGCAUUCUGCUGGGCUACACCCACUUCAGUCGCCGGGAUGUGGAGCGCAUCGUCGACCAGCUGGGCGUCCAGUUCCCAGGGGACAGCUACCACCUGACCAGCAGGAACUGCAACCACUUCUCCAACAGCCUGGUGCACAUCGUCUGCGGCAGGAAAAUACCCGGCUGGGUGAAUCGACUGGCCCACUUGGUCACCUGUGUGCCGUUCCUCGAGCGCUGCCUGUUUCCCAGGCAGUAGCAGCAUCGCCCUCAUCACCACCAACAAUCGCAGCAGCAGCAAUAAUCUAAUAUAUUAUACCUGUUGGCAGCAUUUUAUUUUGUUAGUAUUUCAUAUUUUGCUUUCUUUGAGACGAAAAACUCAAGAACAAAUCGUUUUCAA